CCUCCCCCCCUGCCGCCGUGGACGGACCGGAGCGAGCGCUCCUCUUAUUCCCGGAGCUCCACAGCUCAGGAACGCGGCGACGGAGCGACAAGGGCCCGAAGACACGACGGACUGACGCAGCUCAUGACUCUGUGGAAGGACACGACAGGUCGAUGUUGGGCCGCGGUGUGAAGCGAAAGUGGAGCUGCUUGGCGGACCUGGAGGCCGAGGCUCUACCUGCAGAGAAGGGGAAGAACGGGGAGGAAGGUCCUGGGGAUGAGGGCAGCUUCCACGUGGCUCCAUCAGAAUCUGACAUGAGCCACCUGCAGCAGCGUCAGCUGGUGCUCGGCCUCUGCUUGGAGAAGCUCCAGCACUACCAGGCCGGGGUGGAGCUCAGCCUGCGUCGCUCUGUGUUGCUCAUCAACACGCUCAGGCAGAUCCAGGAGGACAUGCAGAGCGACGGCGUGGAAACCUGCACGUCGGAGACGCUCCUCAACAACGUCCACGCUGACUCCUGCCUUCUCAGGGACGACGUCAGGGAGGACAUGCCGGUUACGUGCCCCGGCUGUUCAGAGGGAGAUGGGGACAACCUGCCUCUGUCUCCACCGCUGUCCCCAGAAUUCCCCUCUCAGGAGGCAAACAGCUCGCCCGACCAGCAGAGAUCACUUCCACCUGCAACGAUCAACUCUUUUAGUGACGCAGUAAACGCCAUGGGCUACCUCAGCGACCUCGCCCUGGACGACAUCUUUGAGGACAUUGACACGUCCAUGUACGAGACUUCCGAUCUGCCUUCUGCCUGGGCGGCGGGCUCCCUGUGGCCCGUCAGCGUGUCGCUUUGGGCGGAUGAGGACGUUAAAAUGCGCCCGUCCAGCCACGCCUCAGCUGGGAGUCUCCAGUCUUGUCUGAUGGACCUGAAUGAGCUGGACCACAUCAUGGAGAUUCUGGUAAAGUCCUGAUCAGCUGCACAAACUCCUGAACAUUUACUGCACUCGGUAAUCAAGAACUUGGAAAGUGGAGAAGGGGAACAAGGACUAAUCUGAGGGUUGAUGGACUCGUGACUUUGGAUCUUUAAGGCUCCGUCUGGUUCAGGUAGUUGAAGGUAGAAUUAAACAAUAAUUCUGUUGUAUGUAACUCGUUUAAAGGCAGCAUCUUGAGUUACAUACACAAGUGUGUGCCUCAAAUUAGACAUGAAAUAUUUAUUAUGGUGGAUUAAGACAGAAAGGAAACAUCCACUCAACGCUUUUAUACUGUUUAACUAACAUACAGACGGUUCAUCGAAUCAAACACUGCUGUCGUGUUUUGGGUAGUGGGUGAAUAAUCUGUAGUAAAAGUAUUGGAGGCUUGUCUAAGGUGUAACACCUAAAGUGCAACACUUGUAAAGGAAGUGUUGUAACCAACAGACUGAUGCCGUGUAACAGUCUAAGAGCGUCAAGGUGGAUUUUCCUGAAUUGGGUAAAACUGUAAACGCAGAUGGAACCUUAAAUUUCCAACCUUGCCGUGUUUGUGCCACUUUCCCUCCGUGUUUUAUUAAGUUUAAGUGAAAGCUGCUGCUGCAGCGCCUCUCUGAGUGAAUCCACCACUCAGGAAGAAGAAACCUGAGCCGCCGAGGUGCGUGCGUCACUCGGGCUGUCAGAUCAGACCCGGGUUGAUUAUUAAUUAAAAUCUCUUCAAUUACUUAAGAGGGUGUGCUUUAGCGAGCCGGGAGGGCAAAGGCCUGGGAUUCCUUUCAGUGUACAAUCUGAGUUAUUGCUCCAUACGAGAUCUUUAAUGAGUCUUUGUGGCUGUUGGCGUGCAGCAGUCAGACGGCGGACAGUAAAACAGCCAAAGAAGUUAAAAAAGAAAAAGGAUGACAUCUGAUAGAGAACUCGAUGGAUCGCCUUUAUCUAAUAUUAUUAUUUAUGAAUGAAAAACCACAAACUGCAGCAGAUAUUAUUUGUUCUUUAUAUGUAGAGUCUAUUGUUUGGGUGUGAGUGUAACUUAUAAUGACCUUGGACUGUCAGUGCAUCGGCUGCCAUGUCUUCAAACUCUCAGAGCCUGUAGAAGAAACAUCCUCAUCCUUUCACCAUGUGAACAGUUUAUCCUUCUCGGCAGCUUGUGUUUACGGUAAAUGCGACGUGUCAUGAACGCAGCAUAAAACGUGUAUUUUUUAAACAGUAAUGUAAUCCCAGUCUGGUUCUGACUGAGGAGCCGAUCGCCUCGAGUCAACAAUCAGGACAACUUUGCCAUGUGUCAGAGAAUUGUAAACGACAACAGAAGCCUGUGUGUAUUUUUAUGGCCAUGAUGUAUGAAUUUUUAUUGUAACGUUGGGAGUUUUUUAAGCCGUUUUUUACGUGUUUCUACCUGCAACAAUCACCUGUCCUGCAGAAGAGAUGCAGUGAACGAAGGACUGUCCGACCUUCACUGUCCGGUUUACUCCUGUUCUACCUCCUGAUGUCUGUCUGUUGUUGGUUUACCUGGACACUCCUGUUUUUACGCCGUGAGCCAUGGACUGAUUUAUUUCAUCGUUUCUACUCGGCUGAAAAAAAAUCCAAUCGAAUUCAACGCUUCUCCUGUCAGACCAAAGUGAUCUGUCCUCGUCUCCAUCUCUUGUCUCGUGUCGACAACGUGCCUUACUACUGAACUUGAGUUUUAUUGGUGUCGAGGUUUUUGUGGUCGUCUAAACUCGAGCCUCAUUGAUAAAAACUGUGGCGAGGUGUUAUGUAAAAGCACCGAGCGCCAGAACCGCCAUCGUCCCUCCCUUCUUCUUGGUCUUUUUCUGUGCUCAGUGAACACACCACUGGCAUAUGAGCUUAAUGUAUCCUGACAGGCCGACAGUGAACUAGCUGAGGGAGGAGGUGGCAGAGAGGGCUGGGAGGGAAAAAUAAGAGGAGGAGGAGGUGGAGGAGGAGGAGGAGGGGUGGGAGGAAGCAGCUUGUGUCACGUGUUCGGUAGGAGGAGUUCAGAGCUUGUUUUGCCCAGACUCAGACCACCGACCAAUCACAUGAGAUGUACGAGGAGCGAGAUUGAUGUACGAGGAGCACACGGCUGCUCCAACAACAACUUGUUUUUGCUCUGCACAGUGAGGCAGUGUGAAUCUGUUGGACUUCAGCCUGUGAAAUAAAUAAAUCCACUUCUCAUUUACAUAAUCUGUCACCGACAGAACCGAACAACAGAAAGCAGAAAUCUGCAGUGUUAUUUAUAUUUGUAUGAAAGUCAGAGAGCGCCAGCCGGGUCUGUAAAGCACAAGCUGUAUGUUGUUGAUGCUGAUUAUGAUUUAAAUGUAACUGAAGGAUGGGUUUGAUAAAAGUAAUACGAUGGUAAUUAAUAAUGUAUUGUAUUUUUUGUGGAAUAUUUUAUAGAUUUUAUUCAAUAAUACACUAAAAAAUACCCUGAA